AUGACAGACUGUGCCCCCAUUGGCAAGAGGCUCUUCUUACGGCGUUAUGCGCAAGCCAAGAACGAUGCCAUCAAAGAAAGGAAUAUCCGAAGUGGCUGGAAGGCAUCAGGAUUGUGGCCAGUCAACCUAGACAAACCUCCUGAUGAGCCGUCUACUGUUGAACCCAACCAGCCAGUCAGUCAGUCAGCCAGUCAGUCAGUCAGCCAGUCAGUCAGUCGUCGGCUAAUCAAGACUCCAAACCGCAGCCAGGAGGUCCACAGAUUGAUAUCAACAAAUGUCCGUCUACGACGACUGCAAACAAUAGACCCAGUGGCUAGGAGUCUUUUCAAAAAGGUGGGCAAAAGCCUUGACAAUACAGCCAUCAAGGUAGCUAGUCAAGAACAGAAGAUCCGGGCACUGGAAGCUGAGGUAGAUAGACUAAGGCCGAGAAAAAGGAAGAAAGUCAGGAUGGAUCCCAACACCCGGUUUGCCCAGAUUGAACAGAUCAUGCAGGCUAAAAAAGCACUUGCGAAGCAGCUAGAACUCUCAGAGAAAUUACCUAGGACACUCGAGGCCUUACGUUCAGGCCAAAUCAAAAGCAUUCGCAAGGCUGCAGCCGCAUUUGACGUACCGAAUAGGAUUUUACAAGAACGCGUCAAGGGGGUGCUACACGUCAACAAGCGCAAGUCAAGAGUCGAAAGCUACUCCCGACCGAAGAAUCUGCCCUGA